GCACUUUCCCUCCGACGCCAGAGCCCAGUCUCUCCCGCCGGCGCUCGCCCGUGUCUGGGGAGAGGGAGCUGAUCCUCACUAGCAGCCAAGAUGCCCAAGAGGAAGGUCAGCUCUGCAGAAGGGGAAGUAAGGGAGGAGCCCAAGAGGAGGUCGGCCAGAUUGUCAGCUAAACCAGUCCUUGCAAAGGUUGAACCUGAGCCCAAAAAGACAGCUGGGAAGGCUAAAUCCGAGGACAGAAAAGUUCACACAAAAGGAAAAAAAAAACAAGCAGAAGCUACUAACCAAGAGGCGAAUAAAGAUGACUUGCCUGCAGAAAAUGGAGAAACUAAAAACGAAGAGGUUCCAGUCUCUGAUUCAGCAGGAGAGAAAGAAACCAAAUCUGAAUAACAUCUUACACCAAGUGUUUUAACAAUUGUCCCUGUUAUCUCCCUUCUUGUACAAUUCAGAGGAAUAUUUUUAUCAACUAUUUUGUAAAUGCCAGUUUUUUAGUAGCUCUAGAAACACAUUUUUAAGAAGGAGGCAAUCCCACCUCAUCACAUUAUUUUUUUAAAACAUUUAGAUAAAUGUAAGCCAAUCUAAAGUGGCUUUAUUUAGAGUCCUGUUUAAAGAGGUGAAAUCAUGUGCUGGUUGUCAGUUUGGUUUUUUGU